UCAGGUGAAGCCCAGCCCACCUUUCUAACGCCGCCAGCUAAUUUCAACUCCUCCACCCAUUGACUCUUCAUUGAAAAGUCGAUCAUUUCAGCAUUUCAGCAAUUAACAAGAAGAAUAAUAGUCGGUUAUCUAUAAUUUGUUAGUCAAUCCUUAGGGACUUUUUCAAAUCAUCAGCGAACCUUAGACCUCAGUGAUCGACCACCAUCUCUGCGUCUUCUUUUCAUUGAGUUCCUUCUCUCCAAGAAAAGAAAAAUGUUGGAAUCUUUUCUCUUUAACAUAGCCGAAAGUGUUCUUGGAAAGUUAGCUUCCCCAAUUCUUGAAGAGAUUAGCUUAGCUUGGAAUGUCAACGACGACCUUGAAAAGCUUAAGAGCACCUUGUCCACAAUCAAAGCCGUCCUCUUGGAUGCCGAGGAGCAACAGGAGAAGAACCAUGAGCUUACCAUCUGGUUAUCGAAGCUCAAAGACGCCUGUUAUGAUGCUGAGGAUAUUGUUGAUGAAUUUGAGUGCGAAGCCUUGCUGAGACGAUCUACUGAUAGUAAGGUGCGUCGUUUCUUUUCGAGGUCUAAUAACCCACUUGUGUUCCGCUUCAAGAUUGGAAAUAGAAUGAAAGAAAUUAGAGAGAGGUUAGAUGAGAUUUCUGCUCAAAAGGGUAAGUUUCAUCUCACCGAAAGAUUGGUGGAUGAGCGAGUUGUGUACAGGAGGAGAGAGAUGACUCACUCCUUUGUCCAGGCUUCUGAUGUUAUUGGGAGAGAGUCUGAUAGAGAUAAAAUUAUUGAAUAUUUGUUACAUCAUGGUGAGUUAGAAAAUCUCUCAGUUGUUCCCAUAGUUGGAAUUGGAGGCUUAGGGAAGACCACACUAGCUAAAAUGGUGUACAAUGAUGAAAGGGUUGAUAGGAAUUUUCAAUUAAAGAUGUGGGUUUGUGUUUCUGAGGAUUUUGAUGUUACUAGGUUGGCCAAGGAAAUCACUAGUUCUGCUACUGGGAGAAGCUAUGGUGACUUGACAAUGGAUCAAUUGCAGGCACGUUUGAGAAGGAGUUUGGCUGGUAGAAAGUUUUUGCUUGUCUUGGAUGAUGUGUGGAAUGAAAAUCUUGUGAGAUGGGUUGAAUUAAGAGGUUUGUUGGAGGGUUGUGCUAUGGGGAGUAAAAUUAUUGUCACUACAAGGAGUUCAAAAGUCGCUUCUAUUAUGGGCAUUGAGCUUGCAUACAAUUUGCCUGGUCUUCCACACAAGGAUUGCUUGUCUUUGUUUCUGAAAUGGGCGUUUAAUGCUGGACAAGAGAAGCAAUAUCCAAAUCUGGUGGACAUCGGGAAUGAGAUUGUGAGGAAAUGUGGAGGGGUUCCUCUGGCAGUGAGGACAUUAGGAAGUUUGCUUUAUGCAUCUACUGAUGAAAGACAUUGGCUAUCCAUAAGAGAUAAUGAGAUAUGGAAAUUAAAACAGGAGGAAAAUGACAUCCUACCAGUGCUGAAGUUGAGCUAUGAUCAAAUACCUUCUUACUUGAAACGAUGUUUUGCAUAUUGUUCCCUAUUCCCAAAAAAUUAUGUGUUGUAUAGUUUUGAAUUGGUACAAUUUUGGAUGGCUCAUGGGCUUCUUGACUCGCCUGGUGAAGACCAGGAGUCGGAAGACCAUGGGAUGCAGUAUGUGAAAGAAUUAUGGUCAAGAUCUUUUUUCCAAGAUGUUGAGGAUCAUGGUUUCUUUUUCACCUGCAAAAUGCAUGAUCUUGUACACGAUCUAGCUAUAUCAGUAGCACAAAGUGAGUGCUCAACUGUAACCUUUCUCACCCCAACUGUUAAUGAAAAAAUUCGUCAUUUUUCUUUUUUGGGCACUAAUUUGCCGGGCCAAGAAGUUCCGAAGUUCUUACACAAGCUAGAUCGGGUGAGAACCAUAUUUUUCCCAGUCAGAGGGAUGGGACCUAGCAGCGAAACAUUUAUUGACGCCUGUAUAUCAAGAUUCAAACACUUACGGGUGCUAAAUCUUAGUGAUUCAUGUUUUGAGGCAUUGCCUAAUUCAAUUGGUACCUUGAAGCAUUUGAGAUAUCUUGACCUUUAUAGGAAUCGUAAGAUCAGGAAACUCCCCAAUUCCAUUUGUAAGCUGCAGAAUCUGCAAACCUUAAGACUUGAAGAAUGUGAGAAGCUUGAAGAAAUUCCUAGAGAUAUCAAGAACAUGAGCAACCUCAGGUUUUUGGAGAUAACUACAAAACAGACUUCUUUGUUGGAGAAUGGGAUAGAAUGUCUCAGUUCUCUUCGAUAUCUGUCCUUAUUUGAAUGUGGAAAUUUGGAACAUUUGUUUGAAGGUAUGCAGUUCCUCACAUCACUUAGAACAUUGGUGAUAACUUCCUGUGGAAGCUUGACUUGUUUGCCUCACAGUUUAAAGCACCUGUCCGCUUUAGAGACCUUGGUAAUUGGUGACUGUGCAAAGCUUAACUUGAUGGAAAUGGAAUACAAUGAAGAUUUCGAUCUGAGCCUUACUUCAUUGGUCAUUGGAGAAUUACCACAGUUGGUGACUUUGCCCCACUCACUUCAAGGAUGUGCGUCCACCUUACAAUACAUAUACAUUGAUGAUUGUCCUAACUUCACAGCAUUACCAGACUGGACGCGAAAUCUAACAUCACUUAAAAGGCUGGAGAUCAUUAGAUGUCCUGAAUUGUUUUCUCUGCCGGAGGAGAUGCACUGCCUCACUGCCUUGAGAGAACUGAAGAUUGGACUUUGUCCUGAACUACGUGAAAGGUGUGAUCCAGAAACUGGCGAGGAUUGGCCUAAGAUAGGUCAUAUUCCUGAGAUUUUUCUUAAUGGCAUCAAGGUUAAAUCAACAACUAACUAGCCCUGAUGUCUUUGGAUUGACUGGUCUACUGGGAUUUGUGGAUAACUUGGCUCUUAUUGGGAGAGCCAUUCGAGUUAAAAUGGGCUACUGGUCAGAUAGCUUCUUGAUGAAUUCCAGUUCAAAUAACAACUAUCAUCGAUCCUCAACUUUGUUCUUAUCCAAACUAAUUCUAAGUUCUAAAUAUUCCAAACCGGCAUUAUCCCAAUGAGUGAAUAUAUGACGCAUUGUUCUUAAAGGGUUGGGUUGUGCAUAUGCUUGAAGUACCUCAUCAAAUACCAACCAGUGGUCCUGCAAGUAAAAAGAAUGCUUUUUUUUUUUCUCUUUCUUUUUUGAUUGCUGAUAGUGUGGAGCAUUUGAGAAUACUGUUCUCCAUAUGAAUAAGAUUAUAAGUAACUAUGCUUCUGGUGGUUGAUUUCAUCUUAAGUUCAUUUUCUUUUUUUAACUGUUGCAGCAGGUUAUGGAGAUUCAACUGGAAUUGACAGCCAGCAAAAUUUUCCACCACCACCAGAAUUCAGAGUCUUGCAUAUGAUGCCACCUUCUUGUUUGGUGUGUAUUUGCAUAAUCCAUCAUAUUGUGGUUUUACCAAGAAAUAUUGAUCCCUAUACAAAACAGAAAAGAAGAAAUCGGUUCUUUAUAACUGCACCCCAACAAAUUUGAGAGUAAGGUUUAGUUGAGCUGAGCUGAAAUGGAUCGAGUACAAAAGAAAUGUCGAUACUCGAUGGUGUGCAUACAUUGAUAGUCAUACGCAAAAGUUUCUCAUUAUUUCUAAUUUGACGAUUUAGGCUUUUGUCACUGCUAGAAGCCCAGAACUCAUCGUUGAUAUUGCUGUAAUGUAAUGUCUUAUCGUUGAUAUUGUUGUAAUGUAAUGUUUUAGUACCUUCCUAGCAUGAAAAACAUUUAUAGCCUUCUUUUGAAGUUGCCUUGCAAGUUGAGAUCUAGAUGCUGGACCUCCUGCAAUUACAGACGCACGGUCCCUAUUAAUCCUGUUGCAUCUAAAGGCAUAGAUUGAUGUUGCAUGUUACCAUCAACAAUAUGACAACAUGAAAUUAUUUGAAAGUGAAAUAUCAAUUCAAAAGAAACAUGAUAAUAGUAUCUACAACUUUUCUUUA